UCUGCGACACACGUUUCCGGUGUGGUAGUGCGUGUUCGUUUCUCCCUCGCAACGCAAGUUGGAUUCUUGUUUUAGAGUGGAGAGUGGACGCUACUUGAGACAAUAACUGGCAGAGUAUCGCUAAUAGCAUUUCAGUGAAGGAGGAGAUACCGACAGGCCGCCAAGAUGCCGCGAAUUAUGAUAAAAGGAGGCGUCUGGCGCAACACCGAGGAUGAGAUCCUCAAGGCUGCGGUAAUGAAAUAUGGGAAAAACCAGUGGUCUCGUAUUGCCUCCCUGCUGCACCGUAAAUCUGCCAAACAGUGCAAAGCCAGAUGGUACGAGUGGCUGGAUCCCAGUAUCAAGAAGACAGAAUGGUCCAGAGAAGAGGAGGAGAAGCUGCUCCACUUGGCCAAGCUGAUGCCUACCCAGUGGAGGACCAUUGCUCCUAUUAUAGGACGCACGGCCGCCCAGUGUCUUGAGCACUAUGAAUACCUGCUAGACAAAGCAGCACAAAGGGACAAUGAGGAGGAAGUGGGAGAUGACCCCAGGAAAUUAAAACCAGGAGAAAUCGACCCUAAUCCUGAAACUAAACCUGCCAGACCUGACCCUGUGGACAUGGACGAAGACGAGUUAGAGAUGCUGUCAGAGGCCAGGGCUCGUCUGGCCAACACCCAGGGCAAGAAAGCCAAGAGGAAGGCCAGAGAGAAGCAGCUGGAGGAAGCCAGGCGGUUGGCUGCUCUGCAGAAACGCAGAGAGUUGAGAGCGGCAGGAAUCGACGUUCAGAAGAAGAGGAAGAAGAAGAGAGGGGUGGACUACAACGCUGAAAUCCCCUUUGAAAAGAAACCUGCACCGGGUUUCUAUGACACCAGCAUGGAGCAGUAUGAUGCUCUGGAGCCAAACUUCAAACGUCUCAGACAGCAGCACUUGGAUGGAGAACUACGCAAUGAGCGUGAGGAGAGGGAUAGGAAGAAAGACAAACAAAAAAUAAAGAAGAAGAAGGAGAGCGAUCUGCCGUCUGCCAUCCUGCAAACCAGUGGAGUGGCUGAGUUCACCAAGAAACGGUCCAAACUGGUGUUACCUGCACCGCAGAUCAGUGAUGCUGAGUUAGAGGAAGUUGUCAAACUGGGUGUUGCUAGUGAGGUUGCCCGUCAAACAGCUGAGGAGAGCGAAACUGGUAACUCUGCCUCAUCCACCCUUCUGUCGGAGUACAGCGUCACCAACACUAUGGCAACGGGACUACGGACCCCACGCACCCCCGCUGUGCAAGACAGAAUACUGCAGGAGGCCCAGAACCUAAUGGCUCUGACCAACAUCGACACCCCCCUGAAGGGAGGCCUCAACACUCCUCUGCACGAGAGCGAUUUCAGUGGAGUGACACCUCAACGUCAGCAGAUACAAACACCCAACACUGUCCUCAGUACACCGUUCAGAACUCCUGGACCUGGACAGGGGGCAGAAGGCAUGAUGACACCUCAAGCUGUGGGGGGACUAACCCCACGUGUGACAGGGACCCCCGGCCUGACCCCCGGCCGGACACCACUGAGAGACAAACUGAAUAUUAACAGCGAGGAGCAACUGGCGGACCCUGCCUUUGCUAAACACCUGCAAAAGGAGAGUCUGCAGCAGCUGAGACAGGGCCUGAUGUCACUUCCUGUUCCUAAGAACGACUUUGAGAUUGUUCUUCCGGAAAACGCAGAGAAAGAACUUGAAGAAACAGAGACUGAGACGGGAUACAUAGAGGACUCAGCAGAUGUUGAGGCACGCAAGCAGGCUGUGCGGGAUGCAGAAAGAGAGAAGGAGCUGAAGCUGAGACAUACCGCUGUUCAGAGAGAGCUUCCCAGGCCCACUGAGGUGAACGAGUCCGUCCUGCGUCCUGCUUCCAUGGAGCCGCUGUCUGACCUCCAAGUCGCAGAGGAACUCGUCAAACAGGAAAUGAUCACCAUGCUGCACCACGACUGUCUCCACCACCCGUCGGCCAACUCAGCCAAUCAGCUGCAGCGCGGCAAAUCCAGAGGGCCCACUUCUACGUCUAACAACGCCUCGCACAUCGCUUACAUGGAAACACACCCCUACAAGCCGGUCAGCACAGAGGACAUGGAGCAGGCAAAGGCAAUACUGGCAGCAGAAAUGGAGGUGGUGAAGACAGGAAUGGGCCACGGUGAUCUCAGCAUGGAGGCCUACAGCCAGGUGUGGGAGGAAUGCUACGGACAGGUGUUGUAUCUACCUGGUCAGAACAGGUACACCAGAGCAAACCUGGCAUCAAAGAAAGACCGUAUAGAAAGUCUGGAGAAAAAACUAGAGGUGAACCGUGGUCACAUGACAGCAGAGGCUCGGAGGGCAGCUAAACUGGAGAAGAAGCUGAAAAUCUUGCUGGGAGGGUUUCAGUCCAGAGCGCUGGGGCUCCUGAAGCAGCACAAUGAACUCUGGGAACAGGUGGAGCAGGCAGCCACAGAGCUCCAGACCUUCACUCAGCUGAAGAAACAAGAAGAUGCAGCUAUUCCCAGGAGACAAGCGGCUCUGCGGGAGGACGUGGAGAGGCAGAUGGAGAGAGAACGAGAGCUUCAGCAGAGAUAUGGAGAGCUGCUGAUGGAGCGGGAGUCGCUAAUAAACAGUGCUCAGAAAUACUGAUCAACACACACAGCACACAUAAUCACCAUGGAUAACAAGCUGAAAACUGUUCAGAGAAACUGAGAUUUCUCUUGCUUCCUUCGAGUCAUCGUAUUGAUCCUUUCAGUCAUUUCUAAUUAUUGCAGCAAGCGCCACAAAUAAGCCCGUCAUGCCCUCAUGUUGCUAUAAUGUUGCAAGCUGAGUUUUGAGCAUGCUCAGUAGUCCUUUGUGUUUGUGACCAAUAAAGUUUCUUUUCGACAUAG